UCACAUUUUAUUCUUUUCUCAGGUAGCAGCCAGCACCCAUCGUUGUACAUACAUUUCGUAAUAUCCCCCUACAGCUUGAACCAUCACACACACACACAUCGAUCUUCAUUCAGUCCUCCUCGAGGAGCCCCCAACAACCAUGGCGCUCGACAAUUACUACCACAACAAGAUCGAGGCGAUGAAGCUCGAGAUUCUUAAGGGCCAAGCUGUUCUCCGACGCCUCGAAGCCCAACGGAAUGACUACAACUCCAGAGUGCGGCUGCUAAGGGAAGAGCUGGGUCUUCUGCAGCAGCCCGGGUCGUAUGUCGGAGAGGUGGUUAAGGUGAUGGGAACGAAGAAAGUGUUAGUGAAGGUGCACCCCGAAGGCAAAUAUGUCGUCGACGUCUCCGACUCGGUAGACGUCGCAAAGCUCACGGUGGGCAAGCGAGUAACCCUGUUAUCCGACUCGUACAAGCUCGAGAAGAUCCUCCCGUCCUCCGUCGACCCCCUCGUCUCCCUCAUGAUGGUGGAGAAGGUGCCCGACAGCACCUACGAUAUGAUCGGUGGUCUGGAUCAACAGAUCAAGGAAAUCAAGGAAGUCAUCGAGCUGGGGCUGAAGCACCCCGAACUCUUCGAGUCCCUCGGCAUCGCCCAGCCAAAAGGUGUGCUUCUGUACGGACCUCCCGGUACGGGAAAGACCUUGCUGGCCCGAGCCGUCGCGCACCACACAGACUGCAAGUUCAUCCGAGUCUCCGGCUCGGAACUCGUGCAGAAGUAUAUCGGUGAAGGUUCCCGUAUGGUUCGCGAGCUGUUCGUCAUGGCCCGAGAGCACGCCCCCUCGAUCAUAUUCAUGGACGAGAUCGACUCGAUCGGUUCGUCGCGAGUGGAGGGCUCCUCGGGCGGCGACUCGGAGGUGCAGCGGACCAUGUUGGAGCUCCUCAACCAGCUGGACGGGUUCGAGCCGACCAAGAACAUCAAAGUCAUCAUGGCGACGAACCGGCUCGACAUCCUAGACCCCGCCCUGCUCCGCCCCGGCCGCAUCGACCGAAAGAUCGAGUUCCCCCCGCCGUCGGUCGAGGCCCGCGCCGACAUCCUGCGCAUCCACAGCCGAAAGAUGAACCUGACGAGAGGCAUCAACCUCACCAAGAUCGCCGAGAAGAUGAACGGGUGUUCCGGCGCCGAGCUGAAGGGCGUGUGUACGGAGGCCGGCAUGUACGCCCUGCGCGAGCGGAGAGUCCACGUCACGCAGGAGGAUUUCGAGCUGGCUACGGCCAAGAUCCUGAACAAGCACGACGACAAGGAGGUUUCGCUCCAGAAAUUCUGGAAAUAAGCUUUGGGCAAUGGGCAAUGGGCACGGCGUGGCGUGGCGUGUUCUUACGCGAU